ACCGCUUUGUUCAACAGUAGGGGAGGGAGGACAGACGCCAGACAGACACAGUUGCUUCGCUGUGCCCGCUGCAAACGCUAAUAUACAAUUUGUCGGGGCGGAUUAGCCUGUUUAAUUUUUGUCCAGCUGUGUCAAAACACACCCCACGGACACUCGUCUUUCGUGGACACUGAGGAUUUUCCAUCGAGAGAUGUCAAAGCGAGUACGAAGCAGAGAGGUCUGCGCUGAUUGCAGUGCUCCGGAGCCACGCUGGGCCUCUGUCAACAGGGGUGUGUUAGUCUGCGAUGAGUGCUGCAGCAUCCAUCGAGGUCUGGGGCGACACAGCUCUCAAGUCCGUCAUCUGACCCAUUCUCCGUGGCCACAGUCCCAGUUACAGAUGGUCCAGACACUGUAUGGCAAUGGAGCUAAUUCCAUAUGGGAGCAUAGUCUUCUGGAUCCUUCCUCCUCCGUGAGUGGGAAGCGUAAAGCAAAUCCCCAGGACAGAGUUCAUCCCAACAAGACAGAGUUCAUCAAGGCUAAAUAUCAGAUGUUGGCAUAUGUUCAUCGAAUGCCCUGUCGGGAAGAUGAUAGUGUAACCGCAAAAGACCUCAGCAAGCAACUACACUCCAGUGUUCGCACUGGAAACCUGGAGACCUGCCUUCGACUCUUAUCUUUGGGAGCACAGGCCAACUUCUUCCAUCCAGAGAAGGGAAACACCCCACUACACAUAGCAGCAAAAGCAGGUCAGGUGUUACAGGCAGAACUGUUGGCCGUUUAUGGAGCUGAUCCCGGCGCUCUGGACUCCACUGGAAAGACCCCCAUUGAUUAUGCGAGACAAGCUGGGCACCAGGAGCUGGCAGAGCGACUAGUGGAGAUUCAGUAUGAACUCACUGACCGGUUAACAUUUUACCUUUGUGGAAGAAGACCCGAUCACAGAAAUGGGCAACACUUCAUCAUUCCACAGAUGGCAGACAGCAGUCUGGAUUUGUCAGAGUUUGCAAAAGCCGCGAAGAAAAAGCUUCAGUCGCUAAGUAACCAUCAGUUUGAAGAACUUGCCAUGGAUGUUUAUGAUGAAGUGGACAGAAGAGAAACGGAUGCAGUGUGGUUGGCCACUCAGAACCACAGUACUCUUGUAACGGAUACUACGGUUGUACCUUUUCUGCCUGUCAAUCCGGAGUACUCCUCUACAAGAAACCAGGGUCGUCAAAAAUUGGCAAGGUUCAGUGCUCACGAAUUUGCCACCUUGGUGAUUGAUAUUCUAACUGAUGCUAAACGGCGUCAGUGGGGCAAUUCCUGCGACAGUCCCAAAGAGAACGUUGAGCUUAUUCUUCAGGGCAUAGACAGCCGUCACAACAGCGAGAGCCAAGACAAUGAUCAGCCAGAUUACGACAGCGUGGCAUCGGAUGAAGACCCGAUCCAAGAGGCCACUUGCAGAGACAGCUGCAAUGACGGAAGGACCAAGAGCUCGGAGUCAUCUGACCUUUCUGAUGGACCAAUCACAGUGCAGGAAUUUAUGGAGGUGAAGAGCGCGCUCACCGCAUCAGAAGCCAAAAUACAACAGCUUCUCAAAGUCAACUGUCACCUAAGUGAAGAGCUGCGGUCGAUGCAGAGCAAGCUGAACUCUCUGCAGACUGAAAACACAACACUCCGAUGGCAGACCCCCAGUGGACAACAGCCCCUCCAGGGGCCGUGUGGUCGACACCCGCCCCGCGGAGGCCGUGCCCUGUCGAUGUAUGAGACGGGUUCUACUCCAAGGCAGAUCUCCCACCGGGUAGAAUCCGCACGCCAUGAAGACGGAGUCAUUUUACAACCCUUCCCAACCAAUAUUGGGAGGGGUCCUUUGGGGACGGCCGCUUCCUCCCUCCCUACCUUCCCCUCUUCCCUGUCCUGGUCGUGGGACGAGAGAUCUCGAAGGGGCUGUAGUUUGGAAGGACGGAGUACCAUGCUGGAGCAUGAUUCUGACACCACGCCCAACCACUCUGAAAUGGAGGGGACUAGAAGCCUUCGUCCAGCCUCUGAUGCUAUGGAAGCAGAGGCUAAAGGUGAGGACGAUGCCACCCUGCCAUGCACAGAGGAUGUCAUCUGCAAGACAGAGCAGAUCACCAAGAACAUACAGGAGCUUCUGAGAGCCGCCCAGGAGACCAAAAACCAAAGCUUUCUGCCUUGCUCUGAAAAGAUUUGCGUGGCUGUAACAGAGAUGGCUGCCCUGUUUCCCAAGAGGCCGUCCUCGGAGACAGUGCGAGCGUCUCUGUGUCUGCUCACGUUGAGUGCCAGUCGGCUGCACGGGGAGUGCCAGAAGGCUGCAGAUCACAGUCCCUGCCCCUCGGACAUCCAGCUGGUCACUCAGCAGGUCAUCCAGUGCGCCUAUGACAUUGCCAAAGCUGCCAAGCAACUUGUCACUGUGACAACCAAAGAAAAUAACAACUAGAACCCAAAGAUCUGAAGCGCCCAAAACACAGUUUGUCAAUGAUGUUACUCAUCAGUUGAUGCCAUUUUUCCCCCCAUAGUAAUCAGUGGGAACCUUUUUACAUACAUUCCUUGAGAAAUGUGUACAGAAAAAUAUACAAUGCAAAAUUAUUGAUCACUCAGAAGCUUUAUUUCUUUAGUGUUCCGGCACGGCAAUAUGGAGUAAACAAAUCCGAUCAAAUUAGUUACGACCCUUUACCUCACAUAGUUUAUCAGUUUAAUCCACACAAUUUCUAAUAGUGCAAUGUUGUGUGUGUGUCUAUAUAAAACAACAAUCAUCAAAACAAGCAGUUCAGCGUUUUACUUCAGUGAACACCAGAGUAGAUCAGCUGUUAUUUUUGAGAGUGUAAGACACCUGGCAUUGAGGAACAGAACACAUGGACUGUAAUCUACUUCAGUGACAUCAGUUUAUUUUACUUAAGCCAUUUAUAUUUGUUUUUUGUUUUAAAAGAUGCAAUGCCACUUAUGUAGAGUCCAAAUGUUUGUUCAGUAAACAAAGUGAUUAUGAGAAAAAGUGUACAAAAAUAGAACAACACGUGAGUACUAAGAGUGUGAUCUUAAAUUCCAUCCAGUUUCUUCACUCUGGGUGAAGGUGUGAUUAUACGCAUCGUUUCAAAAGUGUUUUUGGAUUUGUAAUGUUACAGCUGUUCUUCUAGUGUGUGUGUGUGUGUGUGUGUGUGUGUGUGUGUGAGAGAGAGAGACAGCCCUGUCUGACAUCCAUUUCAAAUCACUUUUAAUAGCAUUAUGCAAAUAUAUAAGAUGUAUAUGUACCCAUGUAAUUCUCUAUCAGAAAUAACCCAAAUGCUAUACUAUUUAUAAACUGUAUGUCAUACCUCUAAGAAAAUAUCAUUGUUUAUUUUCAUAAGCUUUUUGUUUAACACGAUGCUCCACGCAGGCUAAUGUUUGUUCUGAGGUCUGGGACGUCUCAGCUGGCAGUUAGUUACGGGCAACUUGUGAUUUCUGUUUAUUCAGUGUGGUGCUGUAACUCUGGUGUUUUUUUUUCGAUGCUGCCUGAGGUCAAUUACAUACUGCCACGGUUUACAGUGAAACCUUCAAUGUGCCCUCCGAGUGAGAGAAAACUGUUUGUAGAUCCUGGGUCUAAUGUGUCACUCAUUGCUGUGAGAUGAGUCUGAGCCUCGGGUGGAAAGACGACUAGAAUACUACACAUAACAGUGUUUGAAUGUACAGUAUUUGUUGAAUUGUUUUUACUAAUUUACAUGUAAUUGGCAUUAAACAGCCACUGAAGCA